AUCACCUUUGACAUCUAUUUGGGUUACGUCGACUACUCUGUGUGCAAUAAUGUGUACACAAGUCUAUUGACAGUGUAGCACUUUAUUCUGCUUAAUUAUAACCAUAUCUAGUCAUUUUAGCUUACGUUUAGAAAGCUUAACAGUAACUGAUUAGGAGAACAGUAUAGUUUUACAUUUUAGAUUGAUCUAGGCCUAUACCAUCUUAAUUCACCAUCAAAGACCUGAGGGCCUGUGUCAGUGAGGCUGUGUAGACGUUUUGCAUUGUCAGCAGGCGGGGAGAGUGAGUGGAGCAACACCUGGAGAGAGGUGUGACUCUAAUUCAACCAACGAAAUCCUGACUCCUACUCUAGCCUAAGCCUAGCAGGGAAGGUACUUUACUUGUACCAACGGACUUUUUUUUCUAGAAACGGAGAAUGGCUUCUAACGACAUCGGCGAUUGGUAUCGCGGUAUACCUCAAAUUACGAGGUUUUGGUUUAGUGCUUCUGUGGCUCUACCACUGAUGGCAAAAAUAGGCAUUUUGAAUCCCAUUCACCUGGUGUUAGACUACACGCUUGUUGUUCACAGAUUCCAGAUAUGGCGUCCUAUCACAGCUCUUUUCUUCUACCCAAUAACUCCAAUGACUGGAUUUCAUUAUCUUAUCAUGUUGUAUUUUCUCUAUAGCUAUUCUGUAAGGUUGGAGACUGGUGUAUUUGAUGGAAGACCAGCUGAUUACUUAUUUAUGCUUAUUUUCAACUGGAUUAUACUUGUAAUAAUAGGAUUUCUUGUACCAUUGUAUUUACUUCUGGACCCAAUGGUUCUCAGCGUACUGUAUGUAUGGUGUCAACUGAAUCGUGACACAAUUGUCUCGUUCUGGUUUGGUACUAGAUUCAAGGCCAUGUACCUACCAUGGGUUCUGGUAGGGUUCAACAUGAUCAUUAGGGGAGCUGGUUUCGGUGAGCUGAUUGGUAUUGUUGUUGGGCAUCUGUACUUCUUUUUGAUGUUUAAAUACCCACAGGAUUUUGGUGGCCGUCAGUUUCUUACUACGCCUGCCUUUUUGUACAAGUACUUUCCAAAUCGUCAGGGAGGCGUUUCAGGGUUUGGUGUUGCACCAGCAAGCAGAAGACCACAGGCUGCAAAUGAAGGAAGGCAUCAAUGGGGACAGGGCAACCUGCUUGGAGGAAACUAGGCCACCAUAUCAAUUUAAAAAAUAAUUCAACAUUGUAUUUGUAUCAAUAUGAAUAAACUUUUUUUUUUUUUUUAAUUUAUUGGAUUUUCAUUUAUUCAUUCGUAAUAAACAAUUAAAAAAAAAUAUUUUUUUCAAAUUUUGUGAUAUUUAUUUAAAUUGUUGACAUUAGAACGGUAAUCUGUUAGAUAAUAUAACAUCAUAUUUGAACAAUGAAUUUUAUUUUCUUAAGUGAAAUGUAAAUAUGAUUGCGAUACCAUUUGCACUGUCAUAAUUGCUGUGUUUAUGGUGGUUUACACUUAUACAGUAUGUGUCUCAAAACAUCUCACAUGUGUAUGUAUGUACAGUGAUCGGAAACAUUAACAGUGUGUAAACUCCUUGGAUUGAAGGUAUUCCUGUUGUUGCAUGGAUAUUUUAACAUCUACUGUAUCAGUUCAUUCACAAUUUAUCAGCUGUCUUAUUUUUGGAAAAGAAACAAAAUAUAGGUAAAGCAAACAGUGGAGUGGAUUUGAAUAGUUUAAGUGGUUAAGCUGCUUGCCUUCUAAUCCCAGGGUCGUGGGUUCAAUUCCUGGGACAGCAAGACUUUUUCACACGACUAAAAACAACUUCACUCCCAAAGUCUCAUAAAGAGGCUUCGCUGAUAAAAGCAUCACAUUAUUCCUUUAAUUUAAGAAGGCCCUGAAUAUCAGCCGACCUUCUAGGUAAAAUAUACAAGCAGUGUCACUGGCUUUUUUAACAGAUCUAUUGAUUUGAAAUAGGAGAGACCAAGAGAAGAGGGUACAGUAAAAUUGUGUAUUUCAUUCACAUCUAGCAGCUACCCAGCUAAAAGUUAGCGUAAAAUUCGAACCCACCCUGCUUUUAUUAAUUUGAAUUUCCUUUUUAAUUUAAAUUAAUAUAUUUAAUAGGUUUUAAAUUUUUAAAUAGAAUGAAUGUAGCAAAGCUUCUAAUAAAGUGUAUAAUUUUCGAUUUGACAACACAUCAUCAGCAGUUAACAGUGGGGGAUCCAGGAAUUCGAAAAACAGGGGACUCGGAGAGAGGGCUUCCACCUCAGAUGCACCAUGGUUGGGGCCGAGAUAAGAAAAUGUAUGAGUAUGGCACCUCUAGAUGGCCGGAAAUGGAACUCUCAUACUUAAAUUUAAAAGUAUACUACUCUUUUUUUUCCCUCCAUUUUAAUUUUGAAAAUUUUAGAGGACUCGGACCAGCUGCCCCCAACCCUUGAAUCUGCUGCUGGGCUUUUUUUUACAUGGUUCACAUGUAUAUAAUAAUAAGUCGUCCUGUAAGGGAGAUACCAUAUUGAGAAAGUCGUUAAUGGUUUUUUUUUUCCUGCAUUAUAAUUUUAGUCGUUCCUAAUUAUCAGAAUCCAAAACACAUUAUAUAAACUGUUUAUAAAAUUAGAGAUGCACUGUAUGUCAGAAGUUAAAAUAUAUAUAUAUAUAAAAUAAUUAAAUUUCAAACUAGAAUUGUUUAUACUAAUGUAUUAGUUUUUCAAGUAAAGGGAGUUAAGUAAAACCUUUGCUGUAUUCGUUUGCAUAGAGCAUUACAUUUGCUGGUAAUCAUUAAAAGUUCAUGUAUAAAAAUGUCAGUAAAUCAGCGACAACAUUUUUUUUCUUUCUUUCUAGUUCUAGUUUCAUUUUAAAAAGAAAUUGUAAUAGAAUUUAUAUAGUUUUUCCGAUUUUGUUUUGUUUUUUUGUCAGUGUAUGUUUAAAGUGGUAAACGUAUUGGUAACAGCCUUGGUAAAUACAACAACAUAUGCUCGUAUUAUGCUGAUUCACUGUCUGCAUGGGACUAAAUUAAACUUAAUGAAAUUCUAAAUUUUAAUUGUCCUCUUUGUAUUUUUUAUUAUUUUUGAAUAGAAAAUAAAGGAGGAAUACUAUUUUCCUCACCAAUUAAAA